UGUCAUUGGAUUUAAAACUUUUCUAAAUGGUUUCAUGUACAUUUAUGUCUACUCAUUUGUAUGCAUGUGUGUGAUUGUACAUUUUAUGCAGAUUCACACUCUUAGAACCAAGUAAGGAGGGCAGGUUUUCCUUAUGGUUAGAUUUAAUGGCUUGGUUUACAGUGUUCAAAGAAAAAAAUAGUAAUGCUUGUAAGGCACACCAAGAUGAUGGAUGAGUCUUCCUAUAGUUGAAAGUGACUGGUCAGGGAUGCCCUGUGUGGCUGCUCCAAGGACUGAAGGCAUCAAUAGUUGAGGCACAAUUGUAACCCAUUUAUUGCAUAGAUUAUAGCUGGUUGGAAGCUCUGGUCUUUGGUUCAGGGUUAGAUGGCUUAUGGUAAAAUCUAGUCCUGUACUGGUACUUUGAGAUUUUUAUUAAAAUAUGAGGGAACACAGAAACUUAGAUGACACAUCAAAAGCUUCCACAGAAGGUGAUAUACUUGAAAGAUUAUUCAUGAGGAACCCAAGUCUCCCUUCUACUGCCUGCUUAGCUGGGCCUCCAGUUGCCAGCUACAGAAUCCAGCCUAAAGGGAAGACAAAUGGUGGAGGAAGAAGGAACCAUAGUAUAUAUCUAAUAAGGCAAGAAGUUAUGAAAUGGAAUGGAUGGGGAUAUAAUGAUUCUAAAUUCAUCUUCAAUAAGAAGGGCCAAAUUGAGUUGACUGGGAAAAGGUACCCUCUUAGUGGCAUGGGUUUACCAACAUUUAAAGAAUGGAUCCAAAAUACCCUUGGAGUAAAUGUGGAGCAUAAAACUACCUCUAAAGCAUCCUUAAAUCCUAGUGAUACACCUCCUUCUGUUGUAAACGAAGAUUUUCUUCAUGACCUUAAAGAAACUAAUAUUUCAUAUUCACAAGAGGCAGAUGAUCGAGUAUUUAGAGCUCAUGGUCAUUGUCUUCAUGAGAUAUUUUUGCUCAGGGAAGGAAUGUUUGAGCGAAUUCCUGAUAUAGUUUUAUGGCCAACAUGCCAUGAUGAUGUAGUUAAGAUUGUGAAUCUAGCUUGCAAAUACAACCUUUGUAUCAUACCAAUUGGUGGAGGAACAAGUGUUUCAUAUGGCCUGAUGUGUCCUGCAGAUGAGACAAGAACAAUUAUUUCUUUGGACACUUCACAAAUGAAUCGAAUUCUCUGGGUUGAUGAGAACAAUUUGACAGCUCAUGUAGAGGCUGGCAUAACAGGACAAGAGUUGGAAAGACAGCUUAAAGAAAGUGGUUAUUGUACAGGUCAUGAACCAGAUUCCCUGGAGUUCAGUACUGUAGGAGGAUGGGUAUCUACUCGGGCAUCAGGCAUGAAGAAGAAUAUCUAUGGCAAUAUCGAGGACCUGGUGGUUCAUAUAAAAAUGGUAACACCUAGAGGUAUAAUAGAAAAAAGCUGUCAAGGACCUCGUAUGUCAACAGGCCCUGAUAUCCAUCACUUCAUCAUGGGAUCUGAAGGAACUCUUGGUGUAAUAACAGAAGCUACAAUAAAAAUCAGACCAGUCCCUGAAUACCAAAAGUAUGGCUCGGUAGCUUUCCCUAAUUUUGAACAAGGAGUAGCCUGUUUAAGAGAAAUUGCAAAACAGAGAUGUGCUCCGGCAUCUAUUCGCCUCAUGGACAACAAGCAGUUUCAGUUUGGUCAUGCUCUUAAACCUCAGGUUUCCUCUAUUUUUACAUCAUUUUUGGAUGGAUUAAAAAAGUUUUAUAUUACAAAGUUUAAAGGAUUUGACCCAAAUCAGCUAAGUGUAGCCACAUUGCUCUUUGAGGGGGACCGUGAGAAGGUUCUUCAACAUGAAAAACAAGUGUAUGAUAUUGCUGCAAAAUUUGGUGGGUUGGCAGCUGGAGAAGAUAAUGGACAGAGAGGUUAUUUGCUGACCUAUGUCAUUGCAUACAUUCGAGACUUGGCUUUGGAAUACUAUGUAUUAGGAGAAUCUUUUGAGACCUCUGCUCCUUGGGACAGAGUGGUAGAUCUCUGUAGAAAUGUAAAAGAAAGAAUAACAAGGGAAUGCAAAGAGAAGGGUGUACAGUUUGCUCCUUUUUCUACAUGCAGGGUGACGCAGACUUACGAUGCAGGUGCAUGUAUCUACUUCUAUUUUGCCUUUAACUACAGGGGAAUUAGUGACCCACUGACCGUGUUUGAACAAACUGAGGCAGCUGCUAGAGAAGAAAUCCUUGCUAAUGGAGGGAGCCUGUCACAUCACCAUGGAGUGGGCAAGUUACGGAAGCAGUGGCUAAAGGAAAGUAUCUCUGAUGUCGGCUUUGGGAUGCUGAAGUCUGUCAAGGAAUAUGUGGACCCCAAUAACAUCUUUGGAAACAGAAACCUUUUAUAAAUCCAUUAGUAUCAUUACAAAAAAAUGUCAAUUUUUUUUUUUAAGUUUUCAACUGUGGUUAUAAUCGUAAUCAAAUAUAUCAUGGACUAUAUUUUGGAUACUUUGUUUGUUGGUUUAAAAUAAGUUUGUUUUCAUUCUGUAGUUUGUUUUGUUUCUACAUCUAUGCAUUGACAGAUGGUAUUCCUAAAUCUCUCUCAUUGUAGGUACGUCAUUUUACAGCCAACGGUUGUCAUUUCAAAUUUUAGGCAGCACAAGGCUGCCAACUAUUCCAGAGGAAGCUGCUGCCAGCUGUUUUGUAUUGAUGCUUCCUCUUGGGGAACAAAGACAGAUUUCGGUAUCAUUGAUUGCUCAGCUAGCCUCUUUUUAAAAGAAUGUUUCUGGGAAUCAGAUGUCUAGGAAAGGAUUCCACUGAGGAGUGAUACACAUGUACAUCGUUUAAGAGCAUAUUCUAGUGUGACUAGGCCAUUAAAGGGAAGGAUAUUCAUGAAAGAAUAUAGGCAACCUGUUAUUUAGAAAACCUUCACUUCUGUAAGGUGCUUGGCCUAUGGGGUUUUUUUGUUUUUGUUUUUGUUUUGAAAUUAGUAUACAUGCAUAAAACCUUGUAUCAUCAAUAUACAAAUUAUUCUGUUAGGGGACAUGUUUUUGUUCUCCAUGUUUCUGUUUCUAUUGAGGUAUGAGUUGUAUUUGUAUCACUGAGAUAACCUAUUGUUAUAUUCUAAUUCAUUGAUAACAUGUUUUGUAAGAAAAGCUGACAUCCCUCAUUGCAAGUGAAGAACAGGUUUACCAUGAAAUGAAUGCCUUUAUUCAAAUUAGAGUCCUAAUGUUUCUGAUUUCACAUUCUUGUUGCUGAAAUGCAGAAGAAACAGCUACAGCAGGAGCAGAAGGAAAAUUCCUUAGACUUAAUGUCUCCAAUUGCAAGAAUUGUUUCACUAAAGAAACAGUCAUCAUUCAACUACUGAAUUUGAAAGCCUCAGCAGUUUCAACAACAAAAAUCAUUUUGCUUUUUUAAAAUUAAUCCCAACUGCAUGAUAAAUUUUCAUAUAAAAAGUAAAGUUUCAAUUUAGUUUUUAAUAAUGGUUUAAUGCCUUUUUUGAAUAACUGGUUUAACCUAAAUUUUUUUUAAAUGUAAUGUAAUGUAUUAAUGCAUAUACCAUAAUCAAAAGUUUGAAAUAUCCGUUUCUUAAAUAAUGAGGACAUUAAUCACAUUUAGCAAACAUUUGUACAUUCAAACCUGGAUAUUAAAGUGAAAUGAUUACUUUGAAUCACUGUCUGCCAAGGUUCAUGAUUCACAUUUUGAGAUGGAUUCUUUUCUUAAUGUAAUACCUAACUUUUGAUAAUUUUUUAAAACUAAUAUUUGAUCAGAUAAUGUAAGUCAAAAUGCAGACAAUCCUUUAAAAGGAUGCAUUGUCUGUGUAUGUAGCAACAGCUCCAAAGUAUUUUUGGGCAGUUUGAUACCUUUUAUAUCUGAAGUAGCCUUAACCAGAAAAAUGAUAAUUUAAAAUUGACAAAAUGAUAUUUUUAAGACUUCAAAAUGAUAAUUUUUAACUAUUAAAAUUGGCCUCAAACUAAUAAAUCUGUAAUUAAAUUAGAAUUAAAUAUCAGUUUAACAACAAAAUGAAAUAUUUCUUUUUUAGAAACUGCCUCUCUUCAUUGGUGAUUUAUUUUUAAUUAUAGAAUUUCCAGCAGAUCUUUGCUUUAAGCCCUUGAUAUUAGACCUAAUUGGACACUUGAUGAGGAAGUUGCCUCUAGAAUUAUAAAAAUCUCAGCUUUAUAAAAUGCAUCUGUUCAUGAAGGUAAUUUCUCUAAUUGGUGAUCAAAAUAUAAAAUUAAAGAAGGUACUAAUGUCUCACUGGAAGUAUAUAUAUAUACACACACAUGUAUAUGUGUGUGUGUGUGUAUAUAUAUAUAUGUUUCUGAGUAAUUUUUAAAAAAUAAAACAGGUUCAUUAGAAGAUCCAUUCCUUUGCAUGUGAUUGUUAUAACAUUCUUUCCCAGGGAGUUCAAUUUCAACAACCUCAGAAAUCCGUACUUGAUAUUAGGAAACUAUAAAUGUAACACCUGAAAUUAUUAUGUUCACUAUUCUACAUGAACCUUAUGGAAAUUCGUGAUUUAUGUCUUUGUUUUUCUUUUUCCAAGUAUAUGCAGGACUCCCCAACCUUGAUUUUAUAAUGGUGACUGCAUUUUGUAGGUGGAAUCAUUUCUACCGAAAUCAUUUUGAAACACAAGAACAUUCAUCAGUACUGUUUCGCUCUGAUUUAGUAAAUCAGAAAGCCUCGCCCCACCCCCAGCCCCCACUUUCACACACCUACUUCUGGGAGGUGCCUCAGUAUAGACUUAGUAUCUGUGGAGGACUGAGUUCAUGAAUAUGCACAGAAGCACUUAAACCAUGCUUCUUAUUUCUAUUAUAUUUGAAAAUGGCUUCAUAAAAGUUAGGAGAACACUGUUUAUGUGACACUUCUUAACUCAUUUUUAAUGUUUAUUUUUAAUUUAAAAAACCUAUUGCCUAUUUGGUUUUCAGUACUGCAUAACACUGACUUUCUUAAAUUAGUCAUAUUUGCAAUAAUUUACUUAAAUUUGGUAAUGUCACAUUUGGGUUGGGGUUUCAGUGGGAAUAGUAACUUGCCGCUAGUGAGAAAUGGCAUUGAAUACUAAAGACUCAGUGUGAACAGUCUUUAUAGACCCUUAGAGAAACUGUUGCCUUAAUGUUUGGUGCAAUUUCUAGUAGUGCAUAAGUGAAUUUAGUCUUAUGAUAAGUAACUUGAGCUGUUUUUAGCUUAGUAAGAAUUGUGGAAACCACAUUUAUUGUGCCCAUCAUUUUACACAAAGAAAAGAGGAUUAUAUUGUUUCUUCUGAGGAAAUAGGAGUUUUCUUCCUAAAAGUGCUUCCAUAUUGCAGUACUAUUACUUAAAAGUUAUUUAUGAAGUUGGAAGCCUUCUAGUUUGCCUAACAGUGUUGAUGUAUUUUGAAAACAAAAUUGCAAUAAAGGAUGAGCUUCCAUCGGUGUAUAUGUUAUACCAGAUACAGAUGGUUGCAAGGAAACCUUUCCCCCUACCCAGAAUAGUCUGUUAGUAACUGCUAAGUCCUGGCUUGCAUUUUUGAAAAUGCUUUUCUGCAUGUUAGCACCCAGACUUUCCUUUGUCAUAUUCCUUUAUAGCUACAACUUAACUGUAGCUUAUCAGAGAAGCUCUGUAGUCCUACACUGAAGUGUGUUCCCUUGGCUGUUAUAUGGGGCUGGGUUUGGUUGAACUUCUAUUCUGUAUAAAUGUUAGAACACAGUUACUACAGAUUGAUUUACAAACUGCAUGUGCUGGUGCUUCAGGCAGCCAAAAUGGAAUGCUGUGGAAAGCAUAUAUCUACAUCUUAAAAAACACUCAGACAGGAGUUAAGGACAGCUUUAAUAAUUUUUUUGUUUACCACUUAAUCUUUAUCAACUCUGAUUUUAGUUAGGACUUAGCUCAUGGUUGAAGAAAAGUGGAAAAUAACAAGUGCCCAUUUAGGUUUGAAGAAUCCAGAAUGUUUUACCUUUGACUUUAUGAGUUACAGAAGCUUGGCUUUGCUCUAGGCUUCAUGUUCCCAAAUGAGCCAUACAUAUGUCAGUAUAUUCACUUAAUUUUUACUUAUUUCAGUUUCCUGUAAAGGAAACAACUUAUACAUUGAUGCUUAAAUCCAGAAAGUAUAAAAGGUUUUCUUAAACUGUUAAAAUAUAGUGUCUGAUAUAAAGGAUGUAAGUUACUCAGCUUUCUGCUCCCUAAGCCAAACAGUGUUUGUCUUCAGUGUGAAAUUUAACUGUAAAAACUACUUGUGAUGUCAAGAGAUUAUAGAUCAUAUUAUUAAUAAAAUGGACCUGGGUCUAAGUUUUUUUUCUUCAAAGGGAGUGUGAAGCUGUUUAUUCUUCUGUUUGCAUAUGGGUUUUUCUUUUAACUUUAGUUUUUCAUGUUCAUAUUUCCACUGAUUUGAAAACACAAAAUUUAUUUUUAUAAUUUUGUUGCUUGUAGCAUAAUCAAGUGCAACCUACUUGUGACUAAAUCUCUGGAUUUAUAGUUGACGAUAUUGGUAGCUAGGUUUUGUCAAUCCCUCAUCAUUUUUUAAAAUCAAUGCUAUAUUCCCAGGAGGCAUUGAGACUCCUGUGAACCCGAAGCACUCCCUUUUGAACCUUGGAAGAUCCUCAAAGAGCACUCUUGUGCUCUUCUAAUCACAAUUCCUUAACAAAUCGGAGUAAGGACCACUGACAUAUAGAACACUCAAGCCAAAGAACCAUCACAGAAUUUAGUAACUUUAGUUCUGUGAACAUGAAAACAUUUCUUUUUUGGUUUCCAAAGGAGAUUAUUUAUUUUUCCACAAGGAAAAACAUCUUGCAGAGACUCUGAAUUCCAAAUCUGAGUGAGAAAGAAAAGGAAAAAAAUCUGUUUCAUCGUGGAUUUCUAAGCAACAUAUAUACGUGUUUUUAAGACAACCUUUUGUUGGCAGUGUUUUUCCUGAACACCACAUGCACCCUAGGAAACAUGUUUUUCCUUUAAAGUAAUCUUGUUCACAUAUCGGAAAAGGACAUGAAAUGCUCAUACUGGCAUAUAAGUUUCUAUAAGUAGUUAUUUUUGGGCUACUUAUAUACUGUAUCCCCAAAAGCUCACAGUGCCUUGUUGAGAUUUUUUUUUUCCAUGAAAUAGCCAUUAUUUUAAAUGAGUGGGAGAGGAUAAGUCUUUAGACAGAGGUCAUUCAUCAGUUCAAGACUAUUCCUCUUCAAGAACAUGUCAGGAAUUAAGUAGUUGUAUGUGGAAACACUGGUAAUUCUUUCCACAGUAUUGUUUUGGAUAAUCUGUUCUAGUAUAUUUAACUAAUUGUAUGGUGGACCUGUACUCUGAUACACAUCUAAUCAGUCAAUGGGAUUUGUAUGUGAUUUUCAUUCCUACUGCCCCAACCUAGUAGCCCUAAGUUGUGGCUUGGUGGAUGUGGCAUUGAGCCUCAAGACACUCACUACAUUCUUUCUGGAUGUUUGCUUACAGGCUCCCUGAGGAACAGAACCUGUGGAGCUGGCAGGGGGGCGGGUGGCUUUUAUUCCUAAUAUUAUGUGCCAGUCCUUUUUCGUGUGAUGGUGCCUUCCGAAUAACGAAUAUUUCUGUUCUGGACAAUGAUUAAAUCUUAUGAGAAAUAUAUGUAGGUUAUAUUAAUUCUUGUUCAUUUUUGCUAAGCCUGUGAAAUACUUUGGCUCUGAUACAACUUGACUUGAAUAAUAUCUUAUCCUGAGUCUUCCUCCAAGGCAGUACAUAUUCCUGCUAGGACUGUAGUAAUCCUUUGGGAACUACAUGUGAGUAAGCACCUGUAUGUAAGCCAUUAUACUGCUGUAACUAAUGCAUACAAACAAUUCUUCUCUUUACAUUUAUAGUCUAAAAGGGGAUAUGCAGUGGGAAGGAAAAUUCCUGAGAGUUUCCAGCGUAGCUUUGUCAAUUCCAACUGAGCCAUACUGUUUUCCACAAGGGCUCAACACAUAUCAGUAUUCCAUGCUUUCACUGUGUGUUCAGAUUCUCCUUUUAUUGGUUUUCUUAGACUGUACUGUUCUAUAAGCAAAUGCCCAUGUGUGAUUUUUAAGAUGUGCUGGGGAAAAAUAAAUCAAUACCACAACCA